AUGGAGCCCGGGGGAGGCUCACAGGCCCCUCUCUGCCUCCUGCCCUCACCGCCUGCCUCGCCUCCAGGGAAGAGGAAGGUCCAUUACCUGUUUGAGGAUGGCAAAGAGAUGGCCGAGGAGUACGACAUGAAGACGGGUCAGCUAGUGAGUAGAAAAUGGCGUGAAAAGAAUGCCUUGGGGGGCUUCGGCUCGUGGCAGAUUGAGGUGGGAGAUCCAACCUCGCCUCCCAUGGGAGCACUGGAAUCAGAGCUCAUAAAGGAGAGCAGCUCCAAUCCUGUCUUCAUGAGGAAGGAUACCCUGACCAGCUUCCAGUGGCGCAUCCGUAACCUGCCCUACCCCAAGGAAGUCUACAGUGUCUCCGUGGAGAAGGAGCAGCGCUGCUGUGUUGUCCGGACCACCAACAAGAAGUACUAUAAAAGGUUCCCCAUUCCUGACCUAGACAGAUACCAACUCCCCUUGGAUGCAGCUGCGCUGAGCUUCACCCAUGCCAAUAAUACCCUGAUCAUCACGUACCGGAAGCCAAAGGAGAUCCUGGCUGCCGAAGAGGAGCUACAGAAGGAGCUGAAGAAGAUAAAGGCAGCAAAUGAAGAUGACAACGAGUGUAAGACCCAGUAGGCUGUUAGGAGGCUGGGGUGGGGGGCAGCUCUCUGGCACAGCUUCAUGGCAUUUAUUUUACUUUUGGUAAUAAAAUUUACCUGUCCUGUCAACA